CAAGCGAGUGGGUGACAGGUCGCUCCUGACUGGAAAGGUUGCCCGGCACGUCAGGGCUGCAUUUUGGGUCAGAGGGACCAUGCAGAGAGACAGGAGGGCAGAGCUGUGCCCCAGGCUGCCCCCCAGGACCUGAGCUGGGACCUAGUGUUUUCAGAGCCCAUCUGAUCACUGCUAUAGAAUGGACUCUAGCCCAGCUGGGACCCCCAGUCCUCAGCCCUCAAGGGCCAAUGGGAACAUCAACUUGGGACCUUCAGCCAACCCAAAUGCCCGGCCCACCGACUUUGACUUCCUGAAAGUCAUUGGCAAAGGGAGCUAUGGGAAGGUCCUGCUGGCCAAGCACAAGUCUGAUGGGGUGUUCUACGCAGUGAAAGUGCUGCAGAAGAAGUCCAUCUUAAAGAAGAAAGAGAACCACAUCAUGGCGGAGCGCAGUGUGCUUCUGAAGAACGUGCAGCACCCCUUCCUUGUGGGCCUGCGCUACUCCUUCCAGACGCCUGAGAAGCUCUACUUCGUGCUCGACUAUGUCAACGGGGGAGAGCUCUUCUUCCACCUGCAGCGGGAACGCCGGUUCCUAGAGCCCCGGGCCCGGUUCUACGCCGCCGAGGUGGCCAGCGCCAUCGGCUACCUGCACUCCCUCAAUGUCAUUUACAGGGACCUGAAACCAGAGAACAUUCUCUUGGACUGCCAGGGACACGUGGUGCUGACGGAUUUUGGCCUCUGCAAGGAAGGUGUAGAGCCUGAGGAGACCACAUCCACGUUCUGUGGCACCCCGGAGUACUUGGCUCCAGAAGUGCUUCGUAAAGAGCCCUAUGAUCGGGCAGUGGACUGGUGGUGCUUGGGGGCAGUUCUCUACGAGAUGCUGCAAGGCCUGACUGCGGCAUGA